GCGACAACUAUCUCCCUUCUCACUGCGGCUCUCCUCUGAUUAGUUUCUUCCGCCUGUCACCUCCCAUGGCCUGGUCGUCGCUUGUUUUUCGGGAUGUGCCUAGCCGAGUGCCUAGGCAAUCUGUCAUGUCCCGAUAAUUCGAGACCCCAGACCUGAGUAAGCACGCCACGCCCGCUAGUCCACCCUAGUGGUAUUACCGUCGUCGUCCGUGAGAUUACUUGACACACCUAGGUAUGCACCUGUAUACGCUUCCCUCUGGCAAUAACGAACCGGGUAUAACAUUAGACACAUCGCAUCUUUAUACACGUAUGAGUAGGUGUCGGGUGUGUAUAUGAUGGGCGGGUUCUGCCAUCGACGAUAUCGUUGGACCCAUGAAGGCAGUUCCUGAGCCCACCCACUCGCUCUCCACUCUAGCUUCCGAGUUGAUUUCCCACGAGGGAUCCUGAGCGGAACCGUCGCUGAUUUUACCAUGUCUUCAACGCCGACGAAACGCGCCGAUGGGCGUCUCACGUUCCAAGAACUUAUGCCCCUGGUGCCCCUGCCAGACGGGGUCGGGAAUGGAAAGGCUACCAAGCGAUACAUGAGCCAACGGAAAGCGUGGUUCCCCAAAGGCGACGUCGCGAUUGCGAGUAAGAUGGACGAUUCCAAAGUGGUGCCGCUCAACAACCAUAAUACUUCAUUUGGCGGACACGUUUACAGCCAAGCAGGCCUGGCGGCUUCGCUGGCCUCGGCGGAGAUACCUUCUCGAGAGAAGCUUGGAAUCCAUACUAUUCAUGGUUACUUCUCGGAAGGUGGCUUGAUAGACCGGCCGUUCAUAUACGAUGUAACCACCAUCUCUGCGAACCCGGGGUUUCCCAAUUUUCUCGUCACGGCGCGACAACCGCUGUCCCCGAGCACGAAUGAAGAGAAAGACCACUUCCCACUAGCGGAUUCCGAUCUCGCCCUCGGCCCGGUCUGUUUCGGCGCUCUGGUGUCCUUGAGACCACCUGUACCGUCGCAGCACGUUGCCCAAGAGCCGACAGUGCAAACGCGGUUCGCGAGUAUUCUAAACUCGCGGCCACCGUCCGCCUGGGGUCCUUCGCCGCAUGUCGACAUCGCGCUUCUAGUAGAUUUAUUUCCAAUGUGUAAUCCCGGCACGUUUCCCAUGGUCGACAUGAAGAAGGUCGACCUAACCGCCUUCAACAAGGGUAAACCCCUCCACGAACGCCGAGAGCUUAUCCUUUAUCAACUCCUCGCUCCACUCCCUGCUGAUGAUCAUGACGCACACAUCCUCGUUCAUGCUUUCGUAGUGGACAGGAAUGGCCUGCUUAUGAUGGGUAACCACGUGGGAUUUGGCUACGAUUUCGGUCGCGCCGCUAGUUUGAGCUACUCAUUCAUAGUGCAUGUCAACUCUGAAGAUGCGGUAAUGUCUUACGGCCCGGACCAGUGGUGGGUCCAAGAAGUCUGCUUCCCGAGGGUCGAGGCCGGGAGAGGAAUCGUCAUGAGCAAGAUAUGGAGUCCGACAGGUGUCCACGUCGCGACCGAGUAUCAGGAUGGCAUAAUUCAACGCCAGCGGAAGCCAAGCGAGAAACAAGGGAAAUUAUGAGUCGCAGUUGUCGAGGUGGAGGACGUCUUCAGUUGCGAGACUGCAAGAUACGUUGCGUAGAAAGUACCUAG